AUGUCUGCUAACCUGAUAGAUUCGUACCUCCAGCUAGACGAGGACCCUGAUGAGCUGCGCACUCCCGACGAGGAUAUGUUGGACCUGGAGCUCCAUUUAUCCUCUCAUCGCCAGAUGCUGAUUCAUACACAGCCCAUAUACCUGAUUAAUACUUCGAAGCUGCAAACUCCUCAGCAGCAGGUUAUACGUGCAGACCUUUCAAAAAACUCGCCGUGGAUGACCGAGUCGUCUGUAUUUUCGUGCGAUAGCAGCCUCCGCGGGCUUCUACACGAACAGGAUGAGUUUCACGAGGGAGCGCUACACUUUAACGCUGCUUCAGCUUUCACACCUGACUCAGAUCAGUGUGCAGGUCACUACGAAAAGACUGCACUACUGCCAAUGCCAAGUCUUUUUGCGCGCGAUGACCUAGAUUUCGCAUGCGCGCCAGACACAAUGGCAGACGAUGAGCUAUUUUUCCAGCUUGCUGCUGCCCCUGCAGGUCCACUCCCGAAUCACGUGGCUACGACAACUACAACUGCUCCACCCCUGCCCGCCAUAGCUCCUGCUAUGGUUCCUCCAUUCGCACCCAAUCUCGGUGUCAAUAAUUUUGCUGACGCCGUGAACCCAUAUCAUGAUAGCGUCACGUGGAACUCGCCCGAGCAGUGCGAGUUCGUCCACGCCCUUACAUCUAAGCUCUCGCGCUACUGCGGCUAUUUCGUAGCCGAUUCCAAAGAAAUGGAAUACUUCGACAAGAUCAGACUUCAGGAAAUAGAGUACCGUCUAUGUAAGACGUACUUCCACUGA